CCCAGCUGGUCGGACGCUCGGAGCGCAAGAGGCGCCGGUCUCCGCGGCUGUAGCGCGAGUUAAUAAACAGUUAAGUUUGGAAGACUCCGUAGCACGUUGAGGGGGAGUUACCAAGCCCAGGCAGCAAAAACAUCCCGCCACAUUCCUGGGGAGUCCUCAGCUGCCAGCAUCUGAUUAGAACCAUAUCUCUCUCUCCCCGGGAGUGGCCGCGCGGCACCGAGGCUCCCUGCCGGCGGCUAUUUAAGCGGGGCCCACCGAGUCCCUAGCGCUGCAACCUAGAGGCUCCGGACACGGAGAAGUCAUGCUGGCUCCGCAGAGGCACUAGCUAGCCCGUGUGUGCCGAGGGUUAUGUUCGUUUGAGACCUGCGCGUCAAGGAUUGCUUGGUGUCAGUGAGCGUCUGCUGCUGGGUUUCCUGUCUGCCUUCUCGUCAUGUCUAACGAAGUUGAAGCCAGCACCACCAAUGGUCAGCCUGACCAACAGGCUGCCCCGAAAGCGCCAUCAAAGAAGGAAAAGAAGAAAGGCUCUGAAAAGACAGAUGAGUAUCUGUUGGCCAGGUUCAAAGGUGAUGGUGUAAAAUACAAGGCCAAGCUAAUCGGGAUUGAUGACGUGCCUGAUGCAAGAGGAGACAAAAUGAGUCAAGAUUCUAUGAUGAAACUCAAGGGAAUGGCAGCAGCUGGCCGAUCUCAGGGACAACACAAGCAAAGGAUCUGGGUCAACAUCUCCCUGUCUGGUAUCAAAAUUAUCGAUGAGAAAACUGGGGUAAUAGAGCACGAACAUCCAGUAAAUAAGAUUUCUUUCAUUGCUCGUGAUGUGACAGACAACAGAGCGUUUGGUUAUGUGUGUGGAGGAGAAGGCCAGCAUCAAUUUUUUGCCAUAAAAACAGGGCAACAGGCCGAACCUUUAGUCGUCGAUCUUAAAGACCUUUUCCAAGUUAUCUACAAUGUAAAGAAAAAGGAAGAAGAAAAGAAAAAGGUUGAAGAAGCCAGCAAAGCAGAAGAGAAUGGGAGUGAGGCCCUAAUGACUCUUGAUGAGCAAGCUAACAAACUGAAGCUGGGUGUUGACCAGAUGGAUUUGUUUGGGGACAUGUCUACACCUCCUGACCUAAAUAGCCCAACAGAAAGCAAAGAUAUCCUGUUAGUGGAUCUAAACUCUGAACUCGACACCAAUCAGAACUCUUUAAGAGAAAAUCCAUUCUUAACCAAUGGCGUCACCUCCUGUUCUCUCCCUCGACCAAAGCCUCAGGCAUCCUUCUUGCCUGAAAAUGCCUUUUCUGCCAAUCUCAACUUCUUUCCCACCCCUAAUCCUGAUCCUUUCCGUGAUGAUCCUUUUGCACAGCCCGACCAAUCGGCACCCUCUUCGUUCGAUUCUCUCACAUCUCCAGAUCAGAAGAAAGCGAACCUGAGUAGCUUGUCUACUCCACUGAGUAAAGGGCCCCUGAACGGUGAUACCGAUUACUUUGGUCAGCAAUUUGACCAGAUCUCUAACCGGACUGGCAAACAGGAAGCUCAGGCAGGCCCGUGGCCCUAUCCAAGUUCGCAAACCCAGCAAGCAGUGAGAACUCCAAAUGGGGUAUCUGACAGAGACCAGAACGGCUUCCAUAUCAAACCUUCCCCGAACCCUUUUUUGGGAAGCCCUCCCAAAGGACUCUCAGUACCGAAUGGCGUAAAGCAGGACUUGGAAAGCUCUGUCCAGUCCUCCGCGCAUGACUCCAUAACCAUUAUCCCACCUCCACAAAGUACCAAACCCGGAAGAGGCAGAAGGACUGCUAAGUCUUCAGCAAAUGACUUGCUUGCCUCAGACAUCUUUGCCUCAGAACCUCCAGGCCAGACGUCACCCACAGGACAACCUGCGGCCCCUCAGACCAACCCUUUGGAUCUCUUCAAAACAAGUGCUCCUGCCCCGAUGGGGCCCCUUGCAGGUCUAGGCGGUGUUCCAGUAACGCCCCCUCAAGCAGGACCGUGGACACCUGUCGUCUUCAAUCCUUCUACAGCUGUGGUCCCAGGAGCCAUAAUAAGCGGCCAGCCUUCAGGUUUCGGUCAGCCGAUCGUUUUCGGUACAACCCCAGCGGUUCAAGUUUGGAAUCAGCCUUCAUCGUUUGCAGCCCCAGCUUCCGCUCCAGCCCCCGCAGUCUGGUGUUCUGCGGCGCCCGUGGCACCACCCAACGCUUGGUCACCCACAAGCUCCCUGGGGAAUCCCUUCCAGAGUAACACCUUUUCACCUCCUGCCAUGCCCAUUCAGCCCUCUCCUGCGCUGCCCUCUGUUCUGGCCACGCCUCCUCAGCCUCCUCCCAGAAAUGGCCCGCUAAAGGACAUCCCCAGUGAUGCUUUCACUGGCUUAGACCCACUCGGGGACAAGGAAGUCAAGGAAGUGAAGGAAAUGUUUAAGGACUUCCAGCUGCGGCAGCCGCCCGUAGUACCCUCAAGGAAGGGGGAGACGUCUGCCACAGGGACUUCAAGUGCCUUCUCCAGCUAUUUCAACAAUAAAGUUGGCAUCCCUCAGGAGCAUGUAGACCAUGACGAUUUUGAUGCCAAUCAGCUGUUGAGCAAGAUUAACGAACCACCAAAGCCAGUUCCCAGACAAGGUCUCCUCUCGGGUACCAAGUCUGCUGACAAUUCACUUGAGAACCCCUUCUCCAAAGGAUGCUUAAGUUCAUCACAGCCCCCCGUGGCUUCUCAGUCUGCAUCUUCUGAUGCCCACAGGAGCCCUUUUGGAAAUCCUUUCGCCUAGCUUCUGACAUUGUCAUGCUGACUACCCAGAGGAACAAAAGACUGGCUUUAGCCAAGGACAAGAGCUGAGAGCCAGACACGUGCGGACCUCUGUCCUUGUUCCUUCCACCUUUGACAUAUUAUCUGUUGCCUUACUUGUCUUUGCCUCUUGUAAAAUGCCUUAUACUUUCUGUCUAGGCUGAAGCUAAACCGAAACUAUGGUUUUACGUAAAUUAAGCUCCUAAACUCUCUAGCUCAACUAUAAAUGAAGUAGCUUCCCUGCCAAAUUCUUGUCCUUUGUGCCCUGUGACCCUCUCAGAAUGCUCCCCUUUCUACCCUCCAGUUGGGAGGUGUGGCCACCUUAACCCUUUAUUUCAUGCUACCCUGAGGAAAUGCCCAAAUCUGCAUAGCUCCAAGUCAUUUGGUAGCUCCAAGUCAUUUGGUGUUCCUGGUGUGCAGAAUAACGUAAACAUUCUGUUAAUAGGACAGCAAGAUACCUUGCUUCCCAUCCCCACUCAGAAAGGUUUUUGGGUAAAAUGAAAGCAAGACUUCUCCGUUACAAACGAGGACCUGUUCAGGAUGACCAUUUUGUCAUUAUUAAUCUUGCCCUCAGAGGUGCUUAUAGUUGACAUGAAAUGGAGAAAAUUCUAACUCCAAACGUCAGGCAUUAUUCAACGCGAAUAAAACAAGUUCUCCCUGGGGCCUCACAUUGUUUUCAUUCCAGACAUUUUGCAGCUGUUUGACCCUGGUGACCUUAUGGCCUGAAUUUUCCUUGAUGAUCCUAAUUUCAUAUCAUGUGAUUUUUCUUUCUCAAUAAAAAUGAUUAUUGUGGCAAUUACUUUUUAAAAAGUAUAGUUUCUCUUCAUUCCAAUGAUUUCUCCCAGAACCUAGGUGAUCCCAUUGUUAAUCUCCUGCUGGUGAUUUUAAAAGAGAGAAAAGUAUUGUUUAUCUCUCCCUGUCUUUGUCUCCCAUUAUCCUCUCUGUUCAUUCUGCUCCUGGGUUUGUAGAAACACUAUCCAGGAACAGAUUUUCACCAGGAACAGAUUUUCAUGGGGUCGAAAGGCAUUGAACGACUCACUGAUUUGAAGCCCACACACUCACCUUCAGUCCUUGUUAGCCCAAUGUCUAGACUUUGGAAGGUACACCAUCCUCAUCCUCCAUAUGGAAUAGGGCGUCAUUCUCUUAAACUAAACUUCCGAAGAGCAAUUUAAGACAGGAGAGAAACUGGACUCUGCUCAGCAAUGAAGGACUAUAUUCUGAAAGCUAAAUGUGACGGUACCCCAACACACUGGGUCCAUGCUGGAGGUUGUUCUAUGCCUUUACCAGGUAAUUGGCAAAUGUUCUUGAAACGGCAGUCAUAUAGUUAAAGAGAGGAGAGAGGGUGAUAUGUGAGGUUAUGAUUGAAAAUCUGCCUCCAAUAUUUUCCGCAUAACCUUGGAAACCUACGCAGUGCGUUUUCAUUUUCAGCCCUUUUGUUACAGAGUACUGAAGGGCUUUUUCCUGCCAAACUCUUAGUUUAUGUUUAUGUUGAGGCUUUUUGUAUUUUUUUAAUUCUUGACCUUUAAUGCUCAGGUCUUAUGGGUGUUGAUACAAUCUUACCUUUCAGUAGAAGAAAAUGACUGCUCAGGAUUUAAGCGAGAAGCUGGUCUUUGUGAGCCUCUGUUGAUUAGCCUGAAGUAAUCCAAGCUGAAGUCCUCUGGGUUUCUGUUUAAAGCUGAUCGUUACUUAUCUACCACAUAUGGGUUUUUUUUUCUGUCUAACUUCCUACUCAGUUAUUAUAAACAGAGACUUGAAAUCAUACUUUAAAAUUCCAAAUACCUAAAGAUGUGCUAAACUGGAGGUAACUCUUUCUAGAUGGCCGAAUUUUUAAAAGUGAUCAGCCACACAACUGUUUUGUAUGUACCUGUCUUUCUGUGCACUUUUCUGUACGCGAAUAAAGCUAUGAAUUUACUCAUUCAAUAAACUGGAAUCACAAAAAUCUCA